AUGACCGAGGAAGUCUCUACCCGGGAGAUUAGGGUCUGCUGUGCCGAGGUGACAAAAGGUGUGAGGAAGGGCAAAAGUUUGUAUGCAGAAAACGAACAAGUUCAACCUGUUGAUGCUAGAAAUAUGAGGACCUGUAAUAUUUCAGUGUUGGUUCAAGGCAGCUUGAAAAUGGGUCGUCGCUCCUCGGACACAGAAGAAGAGAACAGAAGCAGAAGGAAGAAGAAACACCGCAGGCGUUCGUCUUCAAGUAGUUCCUCAGACAGCAGAACAUACAGCCGUAAAAAAUCUGGAAGGAAAUCAAGGUCAAGGUCGCGGUCUCGAGAUCUCCAGUCUCGUUCUCAUUCUUAUGAGAAAAGACGCAGACACAGAUCAAGCAGUAGUUCUUCAUAUGGUUCUAGAAGAAAACGCAGUCGUAGCCGGUCAAGGGGCAGAGGCAAAUCCUACAGGUCUCAAAGAUCGAGAUCAAAAAGUAGAACAAGAAGAUCACGAUCAAGACCUCGUCAACGUUCUUAUAGUCGAAGUAGUGAAAGAUCCAGUCAUAGGAGAACUCAUAGCGGGUCUCGCGAAAGAGAGCGGCGUAAAGGCAGAGAGAAAGAAAAAGUAAAAGAGAAAGGCAAAGGAAAAGAAAAGGAGAUAUAUGGCACGAAGCAUGGGGACUCUGGAAACAUCAAAGCUGGAUUAGAACAUCUGCAGCAGAGUCUGUCUGUUUUAAAUGAUGAAGAGCAACCUGUCAUUAAUAGCUUGUUUAGCCCAUCAGCGGUUUGUAAGAAUAUAGUUACUGCCUGCCAAGAAUGCAGGCGCUCCCUGUGUCGUGCGUUAAUCAAUAACCCCCAGCAGGCGCGGAUGAAGCUCCCGCGAAGCUGGCGAUCGCAGCGCUUGUGUGCAGCUCUGCCAGGGAAGCUGCCGGAGUUCGCUGUUUACCCUUUUAGUUGCAUCAUGUCUCAUAGGUAG